CUGUAAUGGCACCUUCAAAUAGCAGGGGAGGAAGCAGAGAGCGGGAACGCGUACAGUUGCAGCUACGUUCUUCUUUUAACUUUCCUCUGCUUUAGCGCUUUCUGCUUCUCCUUCAUUCCUUUCGUGAUUUUUCCUCUCUCCCUGUUUUUUUUUUUCCUCUGGAGAUCUGUGCGUUUGUUCUUCGUUUCUCGAAACUUUGUUCGGAGAUCGACUCAUUCGCUUGGACUAUUUGCAGCAAUGGCCCCACCCCUCGAGGUUCCCACCAAAACUUUCAUGGAGAAAAAUGCUUCACAUCCUCCUCUCAAUGAGAGGAUACUCUCUUCCAUGACCCAGAGGUCAGUUGCUGCACACCCUUGGCAUGAUCUGGAGAUAGGACCUGGAGCCCCAAAGAUCUUCAAUUGUGUGAUUGAGAUAGGAAAAGGAAGCAAGGUUAAGUAUGAACUUGACAAAACGACUGGUCUUAUAAAGGUUGAUCGGAUUCUUUACUCAUCGGUUGUUUACCCCCACAACUAUGGGUUCAUCCCACGAACCCUUUGUGAGGACAGUGAUCCUAUGGAUGUGCUCAUCAUUAUGCAGGAACCUGUAAUACCAGGAUGCUACCUUCGAGCCAAAGCCAUUGGUCUCAUGCCCAUGAUUGAUCAGGGCGAGAAAGAUGACAAGAUCAUUGCAGUAUGUGCUGAUGAUCCCGAGUAUCGCCAUUACAAUGACAUCAAGGAGCUUCCUCCUCAUCGUUUGGCUGAGAUCCGACGUUUCUUUGAAGACUACAAGAAGAACGAGAACAAGGAAGUAGCGGUUAAUGACUUCUUGCCUGCAACUGCAGCCUAUGAUGCAAUUCAACAUUCCAUGGAUCUCUAUGCGGAUUACAUCCUGGAGACAUUGAGGCGGUGAUUGCCCAACAAAAGAAGUGGCCUUUAAGACAAUACACCAUCAAGCACAAUUAUAGCAAACAGAACAAAGCGACUACCUUUUUGCUUCAUCACAUUCCUGUUCUUACAGAUGUGAUGUAUAUACGGCAUAUAUAUAUAUAUAGGUCGAUAUUUUGUUAAAGUACGUUGAUGAUGGCGAAAAAUCCAUGCGAAGAGAUUCGCUGGUUAUCCGAAAUAUAUGAAGUGUCACUUUGUUUUUUUUUGUUUUAUGAUAUUUUAAAGGAUCCGCUUCGGAUUUUGGUUGAAAUUUCAGCUACAUUACUUCAUGUCUCUCUAAGUGACUGACUAGUGGAUUAAAGUUUUGGUUUU